GUGUCCCUCUCUUUUCUUAUGCUCUCUUGACUCCUGUUUUGUAGUACUGUGUUUCUACUGUGUUAUAGUUUGUCACGCGCGCGCGUGCAAUUACGAUGCUAACGCGCGUCACGAAAGGUUACCAUAGAGACCCACCCGAACGCUUGCUCUCUAUUGGUGCGGGUCGUCUAAAAAUGGCGGACGCGCCGCCAAACUGCGCUCCUUCUCUGCCUGCUAUCACAAAAGGAUCAGCAACCAAGGUUACAAAAGGCAGAAAGAAAAAAGAAUUCGAUGCUGUUGAGUUCUGGUCUAGGCCAAGAUUGGCGAGAACCGGUCUUAAAGCGAUUAAAGGCAACGAGUUUAAGCUGCCCCUGAUUGACCCAAGCAAGGGCAACACCAACCCCCAGGGGCAAACCGACAAGAAGGCUUCUACCAAGGAUCAAAAGAAGCCAGUGCCGCCCAAGGCACCCAAUGCAAGGAAUGUAAGGCGACCAUUUCCUGCAAAGAAGCUCUCAACGUGUGAGGCGCAACAAGGAGCAACAUCGGGAGUCAGCAAGGAUGUGGCCCCCGAUAUCAAGCGAAAGACCGGACAAGACGCCGGACAAGCUGCGCAUCCCAAGAAGGCAGUGUCACCCAGUGCCGCGGUCCCGGUGUCUAAGAUUCCUCGCAGGAGUCCUCUUCCCGCCAUAGCAAAAGGGAAGUCUGCAAUCACGGAGAAUGGCGCUGCAGUCGCCCAGCAGCAUGGGAACCCUGUGGCUGUCAUGGAGGUCGCGGUGCAAGAGAAUACCAAGAUCCCUGUACCGCUGCGUGUGUUGACGCCCCCCGCGAAGGUGACUGCUUGGGUCCCCUCCCUGUGUGGGGAAGUGCGUCGAGUCGACACGCCAAGCAAGUCCGGAAAACUUGCCGCAAAAAUGAAGGAGGUCAACAUUCUUCCAAACAAGCUCGCCCCAAACAAGCAUUCCGUUGAACAGUCCGGUGCCGUAGUGUCCGGUACCGUAUUGUCCGGUACCGUUGUGUCCGGUGCCAAGGCGGAGAUCCAUUCCCCCGCCACUCAAGAGAUUCUUGCCGAUAUCGAGAAAGUCUAUGUGCACCUGCGCCGCCUACGCGAUGCCACUUCAGCGGAGGCAUCCUUCAGCAACACCGAUGUCACAUUACCUGACCUGUCCGAUAAGGGCGUCACCCGGGCCACCCCGUCCGCCUAUGUCCACCACCUGUCCGACCUCAUGAUGGCGUUCACGGACGACAUCGAGAGAGACUUCAAGGCAGCCCAGUCGGACGGUCGCGCGAUGGUCCGAUGGCUUCAGCAGGACGCAAAGAUCGUCAAGGCAAACUUGGAGGAUGAAGUCUCCAAGAGAGAUGCCGAGGUCAAAUCACUCAAGGACAAAAUCAAGGAGCUCCAGGCCUCCUCCGCCGAAGCCGAUGAAAGGCACCAGUCUCUCCAAGCCGCAAUCUCUGAGCUGACAGCAAAGGUUGAGCAGACUCAUUGUGAGAAAGAUGACGUCAUGGUUGACCUGAAGUGUUGUCAAGACGACAGUGACGCAAAGACCAGAGAGAUUGUCAACCUGAGACGGGACCUGAAGCGAAAGGAAAUGGCGCAGAAAGAGCUCAAGAACGAAAACAAUGUCACGUGGUUGCAGUACGACUUCAUGAUGAUUGACAAUGAGGCCUUGAAGAAAGAGGUGACGAGGCUUGAGGAACUCAACACAGAGUCCGAGGCGAGAAACAAAGAAAUGGAACUAUCUGUCGAGCUUCUGCAACGACAGUUAGCCGAGCAGACGAAAUCAACCGAGGACCGUCCAAAAGGUGACGGCGAGAACAUUGUGGAAAACGCCGAAGCCAAUACCACCAUCGCCGCUACUUCUGCUGAGGAAAAGGCCAACGAAGACCUUAAGAUCAAGUGUCUCGAGCAAGCACUCCUGGAGCGAAACGAAUCCAUCGCUGAGCUGGAGAAAAACAUUGAGCAGAUGAGGACUGAACGAGACAGCGCGAUUCUCCAGAGCCAGGGAGAGCAACUCGAGAACCUCCAAAAUGCUAAGAGGAUCAAGAAACUCGAAGAAGACUUGAAGAAGAAGACUUGUGAUGGGGUACAUGUGCACCGGAAAGCUGUCGCUGCGACCGUGGAAGAACCUCGAGGGAAGAGCCUCCGAGACGGCGGAUCCAACAGCUGUGAGCGCCUACUGAAGGAGGCUCAAGUUAUGGCUGAUGCUCUCCGGAAAACGGACGGUCUAGAUAGCGAAAAAGAUCUAAAGAAACAGCUAAGCCUUAAAGUGAAUCGUACUCCUUCCACCAUCAAAGAGGAGGAAGGUGCAGAGGCAAAAUUUGACUCUAAAGACAACGAACAAGUCCCCGCCGACCCCGUCCUAGAGCAAGAACGCCAGCGUAUUGUGAGUUCCGCUGUGCGCCGCCUUAACGGCAAACCAUCAGCCGCCAAACGACGAAGGCGACGCCGGAAACACGUGGAUCUAGAAGCUGAGGUCAGCGGUCUACGGCAAGAGGUCGAGGAAAACGCGGAUGAGUCAGCAUUCGGCAAAACGACGAGGAACGUCCCGGCUUACAAGCGUCACGUGCCAUCCAAGGGAGCCGUGCAGAUGACUGGCAUCCAAGAGGGCGAAGAAGACGAGAAAACAAAACACGACGCCAAGACCGAGACUCCCAUGGAAGACGUCCCGGUCGAGCGAGAAACGCCUGGGACAUCAGCACCGGGAGUGACGUCAUCAAAGGAGCAGAGCACCAGAAGCCCAUCCGACUCUCGCUUUGGUAGGUUCAGCUCCAAGAAGCUUCUGAUGAUGUUCAAGCCCCGCAAGAGCAAGGGGGACUGAAUAUCAUGUUGGGGGUAGGGGAAGGGGAUUUUAAACAUAUUUUACUUACGACCGAACAACUAAGAAAACGCCUGAAACAUGUUGAUCAAGAGGCUGCGAUCAGUUGUUUUACGGCAAAGUCGGGGAAACAUGAAUGAAUCAGCAUUACGUGAACGGAGUGAAUCAUACUCCUUCCACCAUCAAAGAGGAGGAAGGUGCAGAGGCAAAAUCUGACUCUAAAGACAACGAACAAGUCCCCGCCGACCCCGUCCUAGAGCAAGAACGCCAGCGUAUGGUGAGUUCCGCUGUGCGCCGCCUUAACGGCAAACCAUCAGCCGCCAAACGACGAAGGCGACGCCGGAAACACGUGGAUCUAGAAGCUGAGGUCAGCGGUCUACGGCAAGAGGUCGAGGAAAACGCGGACGAGUCAGCAUUCGGCAAAACGACGAGGAACGUCCCGGCUUACAAGCGUCACGUGCCAUCCAAGGGAGCCGUACAGAUGACUGGCAUCCAAGAGGGCGAAGAAGAC